AAAAUGAAAGUAAUCUGAAUUUAGUUCGAAAUUUUAAGGAGUUCCACAUAAGUUUUCUGUGGCAAAUUAAUAACAGUUUGCAGUGUGCUGUGAAGAAUUUGGUCUUUAAUCUACAGAGAAGCACACCAGACAGUUAGUUUACAAAGUGAUUAGGAAAAACUGAGGACAAAAAUGGCAGCUUCAGAAUCAGAGGCUGGGGCUACAUGUUAUUGUAAAAACUGCAAACGAGAUAUACCAGAGCAGAACUUUCAAAUGCAUGAGAUUCACUGCCAGAGAAAUUUGAGAUUGUGUGCAAAGUGUGAUGAGGCUAUUCCACGAUCAGAAAUGGAGGAUCACAUGGCAGAGUUUCAUGCACUUGUUGAAUGUAAAUGUAAAUUGAAGAUUGAGAAGGCACAGUUAGAAAAACACGAGAAAGAGGAUUGUCUGAUGCGUAUGGUGCCAUGUAAAUUUUGCGAAGUAUCAUUGAAAUUUGGAGAUAUGCCCGACCAUGAAAAUGCCUGUGGAAGUAGGACUGAAAAGUGUGAGAAAUGUGGCAACUAUAUUAUGAUAAAAUUUUCUAUGACGCAUGACUGUUCUGCUAGUAAACCAAAGCAAGGAAUUCCACCAUACCCUGUUUUGCCCAACAUAGGAUAUGAUUUUCAGACGAGUGCGAAUGGUGCAGAUUAUAGUUCUUUCAUUGAUGACUUUUGUAUGCAGUCGCAUUUCCAGAAAUCGUCAGCAGAAGAGCCAAGUAGUAGCAUAUCAGAUGACUUGCCAAUUCAUGGACGUAGAAGAGUAAAACAUGAUAUAAAAGGAAAGAACAAAGAUCAUUUCGCUAAAAAGGAACCAGCAAGAAAUGCUGAGUUUGGAGACCAUGUUGCGGCUGACAUGCAAGGCCUAAAUAUCGAAGGAAGAAAUAUACCUACGAAAGUAGUACGUGUUGGUGACAGGCAAAAGAAAGUAGAUCGUAGCAACCGUAGGGUUAGGCCAAAUGUCGAUCAAGUAACUGACGCUACUAGAACUAGAAAGGGUAAGGUAGCAACGGAUUCGAGUUUUAACAUGGACGUUAACAGUCAAAACGGUCUUCAACGGGAAGUAAUCCCCAGAGGUAGGAGUACACAUAGCAGAGAUUUGCCACGUCACAAAGUAGUUGCUGAUGGUAGACGGAGAUUUGAACUCCCACGUGGGGAAGACAGUGAUACUGCGAGUGUCGGUGCCAAUAACAGAUUAGCUUCCUUCACAGAAUCAUCAAAUGGUGCCAGACCAAGAGGAUCGGCUGAGCAAAUUAUUCCUAUAAACGUAGAGGAUGAGCCAGAAGAGUUCUCGUCCAUAAGCGUGGCUAGAGAUGAUGCUUGCAUUGCAGAUAACAUUGGCAUUGAUAUUACCAGUGGUUUGGACGAGAGUUUCCAGAUUCCAUGUGAGAUUUGUGAUGCCUUGGUAUCAGCACACGAGCUUGAGCUUCAUCAGGAAAACUGUCUAGUUGAACAGCAGAAAGCUCUUAGAACAUUUGAUACGGGAGUAUCUACCAAUGUGGAGAAGACAGAGAAUGUAGAACCAAUUGUGAUUGAUGAAAAAAGCGAAGCUGAUGACGAGCCCUUUAUACCUUGUGAAUUUUGUGAAGAAGCAUUUCCAGUCAGCUCAGUUAUUCUACAUCAGCCAUUCUGCAACAUGAACCCACAAAGACAUGAUAUGGAUGAUGACAUCACUAUUCUAAACAAUACUAGUGAUCCCACUUCCUUGCCUAAUGGCACACCAGAUUUUUGGCAGUCUCGUUUGGAUCCACUUAGACUUCCCAAUGAACAGAUUGGCCGCGAAGACCCUUUUCAGAUAAUAAAUUCGCUAUCUGAUGAUUUCUCAUUAACCAGGGAUACGAGGUUUCCACAGUGGGGAACUACCAGUCAGCCCUUUGGAGGUGCUGAUGAAGAUGAUGUAAUGGCGGAUGACAUAGUGACUAAUGAAGGUGAAGAUGAUCCUGUCACCUCCACAAGAAGAAGAGGCUGGCCCUAUGACGAAUUGUAGCUGAAGAAAAAAACCACAUUGAUAAAAACAGUAGCUUAUAAAAUAUUUUACUACCUAAUUUCAUGUGAAUUUAAUAUAAAUUUUCUCUUUUACCUAUCAAUUUUAGUUCAUUCUCUUGUGUAAAUAUAUACAUAGCUUAUUCUUGUUGUGUAUUAGAAUAGAAAAUUUCUUGUAAGCCUAUGGCUGUAUAGAAUUCUGAGAUAAAUAGAAAACAUUGUUUGCUAAACUUCAA